CAAAGAGUGAAAUGCCCAGCUCAUGAAUAUGUAUUAGCUCUCAAUGUUUCCGACUGAACUCCACUCGUCUGUAUAUUCCGCUAUGUUGUAGCAUGUCGGUAUUAUCCGCGAUCGUCGCUGCCAGGAUGGUGAAGCAGUAACACAAAACACUUUUUCAAGAAUGGCUGACAAAAAGGUAAACACUGUCACCCCAGUCAAAACUCUAACAAGGAAGGAGAAAGAAGUGCGAAAGAAAAAGGAGCAGGAAAAGGCUGCUGUUGUUUUUGAAGAAUUUUUAGCAUCAUUCGAGCCCAACCAAAAAAGUGGAGUGAAAACCUUUGUCCGCGGAGGCAUUGUGAAUCCAACAAAAGAUGAGGAAGCAGCAGAGGCCAACAAAAGUCGGCUUUAUCGACCUGCCUCAAAGUUUGUUCCCCUAUCAGACGAUGGCGGACCUGAAUCAUCAGAGAGCAGAAAAUCUGCUUUUAAAAGAAAGGCAGAGGAAAAGAAGAAGAGUAACUUAGAGCUCUUCAAAGAGGAACUUAAGCUAAUUCAGGAAGAACGUGAGGAGAGACACAAAAGAAAGCAAAAUGAACCAGCUAGUGGAGGCGGAUCCGGACUCCUGGAAUCACCGUUGUUAGGAAGGCCAGUGUUUUAUGAUGACCCAACGAUACCGACCACCACCAAUCUAUACAUCAGCUGUAUCAGUCCAAAGAUGAAUGAGGAGAUACUUUGCAAAGAGUUUGGGAAGUACGGUCCUCUGGCCAGCGUGAAGAUAAUGUGGCCCCGCACAGAUGAGGAGCGCUGCAGGACUUCCAACAGAGCCUUCGUGGCUUUCAUGACACGGAAAGACGCAGAGCGAGCUUUGGCUGCGCUAGAUGGUAAAGUGAUUAUGGGCUUCGAAAUGAAGCUGGGAUGGGGCAGACCAGCUCGGAUUCCACCUCAGCCGCUCUACACUCCAGUUGGGGUGAGGGCGGCGCCGCCACCUCAGUCUGGGCUUCCUUUCAACGCUCAGCCAAGGGAUCGCUUUCGAAAUGACUUCACCAAACCCCUGGCCUUGUCCAAAGUAGAUCUUGACAAGACUCUGUCCGAAGCCGUAGUCAAAGUGGUUAUCCCGACCGAAAGAAAUUUAUUGUUCCUCAUCCAUCGAAUGAUAGAGUUUGUGGUGCGUGAAGGUCCUUUGUUUGAAGCCAUGAUAAUGAACAAAGAAAAAAACAACUCGGACUACAGGUUCCUUUUUGACAACAAGAGUCAAAAUCACGUUUACUAUCGCUGGAAACUAUUCUCCAUCCUGCAGGGAGAGUCCCUGACCAAAUGGAGGACCACAGAUUUCCGUAUGUUCCGAGGCGGCUCCCUUUGGAGGCCUCCCAUCCUCAACAGCUACUUGGACAGAGAUGAGGAAAAGGAUGAAGGGGAGGAGGUCGUGUCUCCGGAGGAGGAGGUGAAGAAGGGACAGCUCCGAGCCGAGCACAGACAGAGGCUGGAGGUGUUGCUUCAGGAGCUCACUCCCAGCAAAGGAGACAUCGCCGGCGCUAUGUUCUUUUGUCUUGAACGAGCCGACGCAGCGGAAGAAGUCGUGGGACACGUCACGGAAUCGUUUUCUUCGGCUCAGACUUCCCUACAGAAGAAGAUUGCCAGCUUAUAUCUAGUAUCAGAUAUUUUAUACAACUCCAGUGCCAAAGUAGCAGGGGCAUCAUAUUACCGGAAACAUUUUGAAUCAAAGCUGUCGCAGAUAUUUGGAGUGCUUCACGAAGCGUACAAAAACAUACAAGCCAGGCUGCAAGCUGAACAGUUUAAGCAAAAGGUCACGAGUUGUUUUCGAGCUUGGGAAGACUGGGCCAUAUACCCCCAGCCUUAUCUUAUCCACCUCCAAAAUAUCUUCCUGGGCUUUGCCAAAGUUGGCCAAGAGUUGACAGAAGUGGCAGAUGAAGCUUCCUUCAAACUUGACGGCCUGCCGAUAGACGGCGCUCCCAUAGACGGGCUGCCUUUAAGCAAAGGGCCAGCGGAUGACCUGGACGGCUGCCCUAUCGGCUGGGACUCCCUGGACGGCGUUCCUGUCGAUGACAUAGACGGCGUUCCCUUGGGAAGUGCCAUGGACGACAUUGACGGAAUGCCACUGGAUGACAAGGUGGCCCUUCCCAGAGGGCCAUUGUCCAAGUGGGAGAAGCCGGCCGAUGACGAGACUUUGUCACAAGCCUUGCCCAAGUCCAAGUGGAGCAUUGCGUCAAGCAAGGACAAUGAAGUGAAUGUAAGUGUCAAGCCGCUGGAUGGAGGCAACUCUGAGAGUGACAGCAGCGAUGACUUGAGCAGUUCUCCCAAACAUGACAGCGCACAUUUCCCGAGCUCACUCAGAGGUUUUCCAAUGUCUGAGAGCCAAAGAAAAAAGCUGAGAGAGCUGGAAUUAAAGGUUAUGAAAUUCCAAGAUGAGCUAGAAAGUGGCAAGAGGCAGAGGAAGUCCGGCAUGAGCAUCCAACAGCACGUGGAACAUUACAGGAACAAACUGCUGCAAAAGGAAUUUGAAAAGGAUGAUGAGAAACCUGAAAGCUCAACAUCCAAAUCAAAAGAGAGGCCGACAGAGGAGAAAAAGGACAAAAAGAAGAGCAAAAAAAGUGAAAAUGGAGACAGGCAACGGAGUCGAGAUUCUGACAGGCGCAGCCGAAAAUCAAAUAGCAUUUCUCCUUUAAAGUGUCCCAGACAGUCCAAACGGUCCCGAUCUCCAUCUCCAGAGUGGAGGGGGCGGCGAUCUCGGUCCCGGUCACAGUCCCCACAUCGUUCCCACAAGAAGACAAAAAAGAGUAAACAUUGACUCUGGCUGCCAGGCCUGCAACGUUUUCCCCCAUCUGUGUCUGCCAGUGGAGCCUGGGACUUUUCAUCAUCAUCUGACUGUGCUUCAUCAUUCCUGGAAUUGGAAAUAAGAAGCAACUUCCCCUUACGACAUGUUGCCUUGUUUUUCACUGGAGAUAAUAAUUUUCCAAAUCAAGCACAGUCAUACAUUUGACUAUCCACUUACGUGAUAUACUCUUUGGUCCUCCUCAUAAUGUGCAAAGUUAGGGGAUUAAUCCCCGCAGGAAGUUUCUCCUCUGCCUGGAUUAGCGGGAUCUCUUCCCCAGUGUCUAGGUUCUUGAUCAUCACACUGGCCAGGAUUUCCUGUUUUAACAUUCGGUACGGUCCAUUGAAUGUUGGUGGAAGGAAUGUGCAACAACAACAUUGAUGUGGCUUAAACCCAAGAAAAAUAAAGGCCCCCCCAAGACGAAACCAAACAGGCAAGGACCUACCUCGUCAGUGAGUUCUCGACCGGAGUUGGAGCGUGGACGCUGAGGGCCUGGAACUUGUCCCUCACCCUGACCGGAGGCUUCCUCAUCCUCAUUCUCCUAAAAUCCACAAAAUGGGCAUCCGUUGUCAAGAGUGCAGUGAAGACCAAACACACCAUGUACAGUGUGUGAUAUUUUAAACACUGACCUGUGCGGUCACCACCUUGUCCCCACUGGUGGCACUGGCCAGAUCCAAGGAGUGCUGCAACUCUCUGGUUAAACUUCUCACGGUGCUACUCGGAGACACCAGACCAGAGGGUUCCAGAGUCUCGCUGCUGACUUGACCCACUGCAGAGACUACAGUGUGUAUAUAUAUAUAUAUAUAUUUGAGGGAAUGUCAUUUGGUAAUUAUUAAAAGUAAGCUGGCAUCUACUGUUUUAAGAAAUCAAAUGUGGGCCCUUGAGCACAAACAUUUGCCCUCACCAACUACAUUUUUCACCAAACCAUUUCUUAUUGUGAUGACAAAGGUCUGCCCAUCUAUGAUUAACCUGGAACACUGCUGACUUGUUAUUCAUUUACUUACAUUUUGCAUAAGUCAGCAAUAAGUAAACAAGCCUCGGACCAUUGUGUUGCCUUAAAGGCUGCAAUGAAAUACAAACAUCAAGCACUCAAAACACUGAGAAACUGAGACAUAUUAAUGUAAUCAGUCAGUAGGUGGCUAAGACACAAAGUCCUUCUGAAUUUGAUUUCGUCUAUUGGUCAAUUUGUGUAAAUUCUUUGAAGACGGUCCUUUACUGUUACAACCAAUACUUAAGUGUU